AUGAGAAUCUCAGCAUUUUAUUGUCUAUUGAAAGUGUCGAAAAUUGCAAAAAACAAAAAUAAAAAAGAAACAAAACGAAACAGAAAAGGAAAGGACAAUUGCAUCACAAAAUUAUGUAAUGAACAACAAGCAGUAUGUGCUGAGAUGAAAUGCAAAAUAUGCCCGUGGACAAAGAAACGUAUGGAACUAUUGUAUCAAGACAAACCGAUGAAGCUCCAAGAAAGAAAGAAAGGGUUGGUUAGACAUUAUAAUUGUGUUCACGGUCUAAUGAAUCUGGAACUUAUCUCAUUGGCAAAUCCUUUUGUAUAUGUAUACAUAUCUUUUUGUUUCGAGAUUCAGAUUACAGAUACGAUCCUUCUUUGA